CGAAUGGAUCAUUUGGUCCAUGGCAGCGACAGGUCUACAAACUUUUAAAUCCUCCAAUACUUACAAUGUUAACAGUUUUGAUAACUUGCAGCUGAUUGAUCAUGGAGAAGGUCAUUAUUGUUUCUUUGUAGAGCUUUGGAGAUGAGCAAGUCCAGAACAGCACUGACUGCCUCAGCAACAAUGAGUGACAGUUGGGAGCAACACCUGGUAACUUCUGAUAAAUAAUGGCAAAUAUUUUCUGGAUUAAUAUGUUUCGUUAUCUAGUGGCAUUGCUUUAAAAAAGACAAAUGAUCACAGUAAUCAAUCCCAAAUGCAUCAUUCAAGUAAAUUUAUAUUUUGAAUUUUUGGAUGUCAUAUUUGGUGUUUUAUCAACAUGUAUUCAUUGCCAUCUCGACUAAUAUAUAAUUCAAUUUGUUUAUAAAUUUUACAUCAGUUGUUAUGUGUUCUAAUAAUAUUUAUUUAUCAAUCUGAUGAUAUAAUAAUUUUGACUGGAUCCCCUACUAAUUAUCAUAAUUGCAAGCUAAUUACACAUCUUGGGGAGGUCACCACUGUGGGGCCCAGUAGGGUAAAUCUUUUUUUGGAAUUAUUCUCCUCCUCGCACUGUUUCGGGUCCCAUAUAAGAAAGGUUUGGGUGCGGGGCCCUUUAAGACCCUCCCAUAUCUCGAUCGCGUCGGUAUCCCGUUCUCUUCGGCGAAGACAGCACGCUACAUGCCGGCAGUCGCCUUGAGACGCCGUCGUUGCGAGCAAGAUCGCUGAAGUGGGAUCCUAAUUCCUCUUGAUUUCUCUACAGCGCUCGGAGUUGGUAGAAAGAUGCGGUCUUGAUGGGUAUUCUGCAGCUUUUCUGACAUCGCCUGCAUAUUCCUCGUGGAAUCGAAAGAGUGCUGGAUAUUUAAUACUACAUAUCCUUGCCAAUGACUGAAGAGGCAACAGAGAAGGUUACUGUCUCCAUAACCCCUGAGAUAUUCAAACCUAAAAGUUCUGUAAGGAGAUUAUCAAUGGGGAAAACAAAAACAAGAACUUCACCAUGUUCUCCAGAAAGUGAGGAAAAGCCUGUUCCCCAUUACCUUAGAACUUCUACAGGUUCUUGCCAUGACUUCUGCAAGUAUGGAAUAAAGCAUGAUCUUGAAGCUAAGAAAAGGCGUCCUGCUCGUCAAAUAUUCUUAGCCAAUAAAGGGAUGCCUGAUGAUGAGAAUAAUCAAGUGAAUGCUGCGGCUCAGCAAGACAGGAGAAAGAAAGUAAGCCAUAAGAUAGUGGUUUCUCAGGAAAAAGAACAACACACUAAAAAAUCUGAGGUAAUUAAACAGAAUGACCUGCCACCUGAGAAGAUAAUUCAGCUUUGUGACUCGCUUACAAAUUUGGCAGAAGGAUCAGCUGAAAAGUAUUCAAAUAUGAAGUUUAGUUUCCCUUCAACUGACCAGAUGAUUGAUUCAUUUCUUGGGCAUUCACCUGCAAAUCAAUCUGAUAAUUCAACAGAGGAAUCAACAAACAUCAAGCUAAUGACCCUGUCAUCCAUCUCAACAAUCAAUGAAUUUGAUGAGCAUAAACCAACUAAAUCGUCUGAAGUAUUGUCUGAUAAGACUGUAAGCAUCAAGCUUGAUCAGACAGCAACUCAGAAUGGUGAUGACUCUACUGAGCUUGCACCGAUAGAAGGAUCAUCUGCAGAACCUGUUAUGGUAAAGCAUAUGGUUACAGCAUCAACCCAACAUAUCAGGGAUUCAGCCCUGCAUACAACUGUGAUGGAAGACACUGAAUUUGCUGAGCAUGUAACAUCCAGUAGGCCAGACGCAUCACCAGAUAAAUCUACAGAAUUACCCAGAUCAUCCAAUUUACCCUCAAACAUGAAACCUAAGAAAUACAAGGAUGUAUCAUCUGCUUGGAACGGACUUGCCAAUGGUGCAGCAGGAUGUACUGGGGAAGAUUCAACCAUGAAACGGAAAGCAACAUUAUCCACUGUACCUGCUACAGGCUCACCUCUAUAUCAGGAGGAAGAAUUAUCUAACCAAAGAAAACAGGUAAUUAGUUCUAGUGUAGGUGCCGAAGCAAGCAGAGAUGUGAACAAGCUCAAGAGAGGCAACAAAAUUAUUGGUAUCUCUCACCGACCUAAAGUCAUCAGACAAGGAAAGAUUGAUCUAUCUGGGGUACCAAAUGGCAAGACUGCACCAAAUGUAUGGAAAACAGUAUCUUCUGUCAAGCCAGAGGCUGAACAGAGGAUCAUAUCUGUAACACCUAGAGUAGUCAAGGAAAAAGCUUUAUCAGCUAGUAAGAAUGUCGAUGCAUCUCCUGAACGUGCAACCUCCAUGAGAAUCAAGAAUCUAUCAUUUAAAACUAUAUCCCGAUUGACUUCUUCAGGGGGACUAGCUCGAAGGAACAACGAGAGAAUAAUGAAGUUUUCAAGUCAAUCAGACAGAAAAGAGAAAGUACUGGAACCAUCAUUAUCCUCUCUGUCCAUGAAACCUCAUACUAGUGGAGUCUCAACCGCAAAGCCAAGGAUGUAUAGGAAUGUGGGCACUGCCUCCCAAGUGAAAAAUCAAACACGAGCUGGAAAGUUGGGAAUGAAGAAAGAGACUUUGAAUGCCCGUGAGGCAACACCGGAGAAAAUAAAUCUCAAAACUAUGAAGCAAGAUCUGAGGAAGAACAAAUCACAUCCAUCAGAUGAGAAAGAUCUUGACUCUGGUUCUAAACUUGGUGGAGUUUUACGAGAAGCGGUAACGCAGAGAUUUCCCACUGUUAUUUCAAAGGGUGAAAUUCAGAGGAAACAUAGAAGAACUGCAAGUGUUCACUCGGAAGAUAAAAUUUCCGCAUCCCACAAAUUAAAAUUCAACAGAGGUAAGGUAGUCAGCCUGCAACAUGAGAGCAAUGCUCCAAGAAUACUCAGAUUCAGGCGGGCUAGAACAGCAAAUAACAUCCAAAAUGCGAAAGGAGAUGUAUACACAAAAGGCUACAAAAGCAAGACAGGGCCAAGUGGUGCAGACUCAAAUUCUCCUAUGUCAAAAGCACCUACUGUUGUUUUAAGACAUCAAGAUGCGCAGGAAAAGAAGGAUACCCAAGGUUUGUUAAACCAGGUGAUUGAGGAAACUGCUAGUAAACUUGUGGAGACCAGGAAGAGCAAGGUGAAGGCCCUGGUUGGUGCUUUUGAAACCGUCAUUUCUCUCCAAGACAGCAAAGCAGCUCCCCAUGCUGUUCCAUGAAUACGUUCUGUUGCUUUGUCUUAAGGAUCGGUUCCCAUAUAAUAGUUUCUUCUGUGGCAUUGGAUAUUUUUGGGGAUUGGAUUGCACAAAUACCAUGCCAACAUAUUGAAAGGUUUUCUAAUUUCAACGUGAACAAAGUUGAGUAUGAGAUUGAAAGGGUAACAUCUUUGCAGGGAUUGUUUUGUGAUGCUGUAUUGUUCAUAGUGAUUUUGUCUCUUAUUUCCCUACUCGGGGAAUAUAUGUUUUUUUUUCUUUUCCAUACUCUGUCAUAAGCUUUGUUAAUGAUACGCACAUUUUGGAGUGGUUGAACAAUAAAUACAUUGUGUAUUCUUUUGUUCA